AUGACGAAGCACUUGGGCUUUCUGGGCCUGCUGCUGGCAUCUGCUGCCAGGGUGUCAUCCCUGUCGCUGUCCUCAGCCGCAACCCGCUCAAUGAAUACCAAUAAGCUCUUUUCUGAAGAGACUAUCCAGCUGACAGAUGAGUCUCUAAGCGAGCUGGGCUCCGUCCUGUACGGACAAUCCAUCGGUCUAGACCACGACGCCUUCGAUAAAGUUUUCGGGUUCUCAAAGGACGCUUUUGUGACCAAGAGGACAUCAGGGGACUGCAAGACCUAUGCUGGUGACUACUCAUGGCCGGAUGAGCUCGUGUGGUAUGCUUUCGACUUCCUCCUUGGCAGUGCCUUGCUCGAGGUGCCACCUAUCGCAUCGCCAUGCUACUCAAAUUGGGACAACUACGAUGAAGCUCUCUGUGCGUCAAUCUCGGAAGGCUUCACCGACAGUCGCCUCCAUAUGGACCAUCCAUCCUCCAUUAUGAGCCCCUUCUACCAAGGUGCGACCUGCAUGCCCAUCGAAGGCGGUCCAGGAAAUUGUACCUCGGGAGGAUAUCCCUACUAUGUUGUCAAUGCGACCAAUGUUGCGCAAAUCCAGCUCGCCAUCAACCUAGCCCGCAACCUGGACCUCCGCCUCGUCAUAAAGAACACUGGGCAUGAUUUCGCGGGCAAGUCAGCAGGCGAAGGCGCUCUGAGCAUCUGGACGCACAAUCUGAAGGGCCUCGAAUACAUGCCCGACUACUCCAGCAGCGGCUACACCGGCCCAGCGUUCAAAAUGGGGUCCGGAAUUCAGACUUUUGAGCUGUAUGCUGCAGCCAAGGAACACGGUGUCACUGUCAUAGGCGGCGAGGGUGAGACCGUAGGCGUUGCCGGGGGCUUCAUCCAAGGAGGUGGACACUCGCCACUUGCCAGCGUCUACGGGCUUGGCUCCGACCAGGCUCUCGCAUUCCAGGUCGUCACUGCCGACGGGCGGUUCCUGACCGCGUCAGACGAGGAGAACACAGACCUCUUCUGGGCCCUUCGCGGCGGCGGUGGCGGCACCUUUGGCGUUGUGACCAGCGUCACUGUGAAGGCGUACGCGAAGAUCGGCGUCACUAUCUCCAACUUUACGCUGACGACGGGUGACGGCCUGGACUCUGCGACUUUCUGGCAGAGCAUGCGUCUAUUUUGGAACCACUUUCCGGAUCUUGCAGACGCCGGGGCUUAUUCAUAUUUCCGGAUCUACGCGACUGGCCCGGAUGCCUAUUACUUUGGCAUGACCCCAUUCUUCACACCAAAUAUGACUGUCGAUGAACACAAAGCCCUGCUGCAGCCCUGGAUCGACGAGCUGUCUGCCCUCAACGUGUCACUGACGUGGGUAUCUGAGCCGACAUACUAUGACGACUUCUACGACGCCUGGGAACAAGCAUUCCCCUUGGAGACAGUUGGCCUCGCCGCUGGCAGGAUUGCCUCGAGGCUGUUCCCGCGCGAGAACUGGGAGAACGCCACUUUGAUGAACGAAACCUGGACCGCUGUGAAGAACACGACCGAGAACGGUUUCUACUUCACUGGGUUCAACAUGAAGAAUGAGCUCCAUCCCGGGAACACCGAGAGCUCGGUGAACCCGGCAUGGAGGACUUCACUUUUGCACGCAAUCACGGCUGUAGCGUGGAUGGAGCCAACCUCGCCGGAGGGGAUUCUCGAGCUCUCGAACAGCAUGACGUACGGGUGCCUGGACCAGUGGCGGGCCGUGACCCCAAACUCUGGAUCAUAUCUUGGAGAGUCUGACUCCGCCGAACCAAACUGGCAACAAUCCUUCUGGGGGUCCAACUAUGACCAGCUGCUGUCCAUCAAGCAGAAAUAUGAUCCCAGUGACCUAUUUUACGCCCGCAACGCCGUCGGCAGCGAAACUUGGAAGGUCGAGACAGAGACUGGCUUGCCGACGCAAAAUGGCAAGCUCUGUAGGGUUUGA